CCUGUAAUUUUCAUUGCCCGAUCGACUUGAAUAGGGGACGAGAGGAAACGCGGCAUCGAUCCAGAUCAGGAGAGACCAGGAAGAACUGGCAAAAAAUGCCCACAAUCAGUUUGCGACCGUUCCAUACCGUAUACCACCUCCAUUAGAAGCUUUGUACGAGCCUCCAAGCUGAUAAUAUGCUGAUAAUGCAAACACAAUGCUAUGACAUUUCAGGACAGCACUACGCAGUGUUAUGACACCGUAAAGAAUGGCACCAAAAGGCAAAGGAGAUGCAAAAGCAGGAAAAUCUGGUGGGAAGUCCGCUGCAGCUAAAGGGGACGAUUCAGAAGCGAAGGGCAAACAGAGCAAGGGUGGAACUGCCGUCAAGGUUAGGCAUAUUUUGUGCGAAAAACAGUCUAAGGCUCUCGAGGCACUGGAGAAGAUUAAGGGAGGCAUGAAAUUCAACGAGGUUGCUGCUACCUACAGUGAAGACAAAGCUCGGCAAGGGGGCGACUUGGGAUGGAUGACCCGAGGAUCCAUGGUGGGGCCUUUCCAGGAUGCAGCUUUUGCUCUGCCUGUCAGCAGUCUAGGAAACCCUGUCUACACAGAUCCACCCGUGAAGACAAAGUUUGGUUAUCACAUCAUUAUGGUUGAAGGAAAAAAAUAAAAUAUGCUUGUCCCAUUGAAA